AUGUCGAUCGAAAAUUGCUUUAGCAGGGGCGACGGAGCCGAGUGUACUCGCGACGAGCUGUGCAUACUCCAACCGAGCACAAAACCUGGUGGUGGGAACAUUUGCGUACCGGCAACCUCCCCACCUGUACUCAGCGAACCAGCCGACAUUUCUGACCCCGAAAUCAAGCUUUUGAAGAUAAUGAUUUCAUCUCUUUCGAACAUCGACUUGGGCGACCGUCUCGACAACGAGCUUAAACAAAUGUAUGCACCAUUGGUGUAUCACGUGAACACAAAAAUCCGGUCCGAGGUGGCUAGUGCGUCCGAAAACAUCCCCUGGGGAACUUUGGCUGACCGACUGGCGAAUAUGAUACUCCGUGAGCUAGAGCACACAACGUGCCCGAUAUGUCUAACCGAGCUUAAUGACAGAGAAGAUCGCAGUUCCGUGAUGUAUCCGAGCUGCUGCGGAGGGCGUCAAGUGUUGCACCAGAAGUGUUUCAGAGAAGCAGUCACAGCUUCCGGCAAGUGUCCUUCAUGUAGGGCCACGAUAACGAUGGAGAAACUUAGAGCGGAGAAGAGAACAGCCGAGCACCUCGAAAGAGCACUUCUUCCCUUUCCUUCAAGAGCAAUGCAAUUUUCACUGGCCGUUUUCAGAGAUCGAAAGCAGCGACUUGUGGAGCAGCUCAACCUCAUGUGGGAGCGGGCGCAACCAAUGCCGAAUCUUUCGCGAACGAAUGAGAUUCAGAGGCGCAGGUUGAGAUUAACCAGAAUGCAGCGGCGUACCAUUGCUUGGGGGGUCGAUAACGGACUCGAUGACGAUGGAAGUUACCCCCAAACAUUGGAACGUAUGGACGCAGACAUAGCUCGGAUGGUGUACGAAAUCUUGGUGAGUAGAAGAAGCCUCGGGAUGGCGACAGUCGGACCGAAUGGAUCGAUCGAGCUGAAAAACGGUACGGUUUAUCUUAUAUUUUUGGUCAUGGGGAUCGUAGGGGGUUACCUCAUCCACGCCACCGGAACAGAUUAGAUUUCGUGCAUCAUUACACCACCGGUGCCCAGAAAUUCCAUUGUUAUCAACUUAAGCUUUCUAGAACAAUUUGGCGAAUCUUACCAACUCGAAACGAUCUAGAAGAAAGACCACAUUUUUCAAUUUUAUACGUAAAUAUUUGAGUGUAUUGGUAGCCCACGCUGCUCACAAUUCACCUUCACCAUGGCAACCACCACUACAAAUUUGAAGACGAAGAAGAAAAAAAAGAGAAAGAAGAAGGCCGACAUCACAACACGGCUACACGAGGUCUACAACAUCAACACGCUA